GGGGGAGUCGGCGGGGGAAGGACAACUGAAGACAGGUCUCCCCACACAGCUCCCCGGUAGCCACAUUUGCAGCCCGGUCUGCAGCCUCGUCUGUCUGUCCAGAACCUGCUCCCAGGCUGACAAAGGGUUGAUUCUGCAGAGAAAGAAGAGGAACCAAACUAGAGGUGAGCUGCAAGAUGGGCUCUGAGCUGGAGACGGCGAUGGAGACUCUCAUCAAUGUGUUCCACGCCCACUCGGGCAAGGAGGGGGACAAGUACAAGCUGAGCAAGAAGGAGCUGAAAGAGCUGCUGCAGACGGAGCUCUCCGGCUUUCUGGACGCCCAGAAGGAUGCGGAUGCUGUGGACAAGGUGAUGAAGGAGCUAGACGAGAAUGGAGAUGGAGAGGUGGACUUCCAGGAGUAUGUGGUGCUCGUGGCUGCCCUCACAGUGGCCUGUAACAACUUCUUCUGGGAGAACAGUUGAGCAGACGGCCCCAGUGGGCAGCGCCCUUCCCCUCCACACUGCCGUACCUACCCCUUCACCCUGCUUUCCCCUCACCCCACUUUUCCCUCCCCACAACAAGGGCGCAAGAGUCGUGGGCCAGGCCUGCAACUCAUCUUUCAUUAAAGGCUCCUCUCUCACCAGC